AUGACCACAUCCCGCCCGCAGGGGACGAUUCCACCCCCCGCCUAUACCAACCGAUCACGGGUGAUCGUCUCAAUCGAUUGGCUUGAGGGUUUGGUUAUUCCAUUCUAUUGGAAGAGCGCGAUGGGCAGUGAGGUCGAAAGGGCUGAAUUCAUUCUCCAGCGCCACUUCGCCUCAAUGGGCGGCCACGCCUCCCGCGGCAGCUUCCAACCGGGUGAGACCCGCGCCCGCGAGGCGGGGCGGAAGGGCGGCUUGCACUCGGGCGGGAACUUUGAGCCCAACGACGAGCGGGCGCGCGCGGCGGGGCGGAUACUCCCGAUUAGUAAUCGCUAA